GCAAACGCUCAUCCCUGUCUUGGCAUCGAGUCUCAUUGUGGUUUAAAUUUCUUGUAGAGUUCUUCUCAUGGACAAUCUGGAAAUUCUAGAUGGAAAUGACAAGCAUCUUUCCAGACUCAUUCUUGAAUCACAUAAUACAUCAUGGGCCAAGAACAGUCUGUGACUGAGCGCGACAAGGCGUCACCAAGUCCAAGUGUAGUGGCAGGCUCCACACUGCCGCGUUCACCAACCAAACACGCUGGAACAGCACUCAACUCCAGAAUUCAACCUCACACCAACAGGGUCACCAAGAAACGUCCUCAGAAAAUCAGAAAAGAUACGAGAGAGAGAAAAACGAUCCCAUUUGGCGGCAUACCCAUCCCUCACCGACCCCCAUUUGAGCCAGAGCCCAAACAGACCGCCAUGUCCAUCAUGAAACCCGUCGUUGGCAAACUGCCACUCACAGACGAAUGUCUUCACUACGUUGAUGUGUGUGAGGUGCCGCAAAAUCUUCAAAAGUAUUUCCACCAGCGCUACUCAAUAUUCAAAUUCUAUGACUAUGAUAUCCGCCUCACAAACGAUGCUUGGUUUGGCAUCACCCCAGAACCCCUAGCCUUGAGGCUCGCCAACGACCUGCCUUCACAUCUCUACUCCACCCCACGGCGCACGACCAUAGUUGACCUCUUUGGCGGUGCUGGCGGCAACACGAUCGCCUUUGCCCUCUCAGAAAAAUGGGAGCAUGUCAUCUCCAUCGAGCGCGAUGCCUCCACUCUCGCAUGCGCCCAACACAACGCCGAGGUAUACGGCGUCUCCGGAUACAUCACCUUUAUCCAUGGUGACUGCCUCGACUUUUUGGAUCGUCUAAAGCAUCACCCAGAAACACUGGAUUUAUCACUACGAGAAAAGUGUGAUAUGAGUCAGACCGUUCUGUUUGCAUCGCCACCAUGGGGAGGAGUGGACUAUAAGGAGCAGGAUGUGUUCGACCUGAGCACCAUGGAGCCGUACAACCUCGAGGUACUACACAAGGCUUGCAGUCCUAUGGAGCAUGCUUUGUAUUUGCCUAGGACGAGCGAUUUGAGGCAGAUUGCAAAGCUGGCUCCGAAAGGUGAGAAGAUAGAAGUGGUGCAGUAUUGUAUGGAUGGGGCGAGUAAAGCGAUGGUUGUUUUGAUCCCAGAAGCGAUGCCGGAGUUAACUUGA